AUGGAUGAGCAUCACGAAGACGAUUUAGACGAAGGGUCAGGGGGGACUUCUAACAAGGAGAACUACCCAGAAAAGAAGCCCCCCCCAAAGGGGAAGACAAAUAAAGGAGUCGAGCGACGAGGCCCUCCACUGCGUUCGCCUCAGUGGCGUGAAAACGGAGGUGCACUUGAUUCGAAGGGACGCGACAGAGUGAGUGGUGGCGGAGUGAGUGGUGGCGGAGUGAAUGGUGACGGAGUGAAUGGUGACGGAGUUAAUGGUGACGGAGUGAAUAGUAACGGGGUGAGCCCAGAACGGGAAGAACCCCCCCCUGGGGAGCCCCAAAAGGGAAGCAGCGAGGUGCCUAGCAAGGGGGAGGCGCUGGUGGGUGGAGAAAAACCAGGCGAGGACAAUGCUAGGGGAGAAGCACCCAGUGAAGCAACAAACGAAGACAAAUCGGUGGAAGAAAACCCGUCGGGGGGAAAUCCGUCGAGGGAAAACUCGUUGGAAGAAAACCUGUCGGGGGAAAACCCGUUGGAAGAAAACCCGUCGGGGGAAAACCCGUCGGGGGACGAGCAAAAGCGAGGCAGCCUCGCGAACAGGACCACCAAAUCGGACAGCACGAACACCGCGAGCAGCAACCUGAUAAAGAUAAGCCAGAAGAGCGAGGAGUGGGAGCAACCAAAGAAAUGGAGCUUCUCCCUUCUCCUCACAAAUAUAAAAUCCAUGGUGCUAACCAACUACAUCUACGUAGCCAAGAGGUGCGGCAUCCCCAACCAACCCAACAAACCAGGACCAGUGCUUGCCAUCAGUGUAGAAAAGGAAAAUACAAACGAAGUUAAAAAUAUUAUCGUGCAAACCCCAUGUGCAUAUGAAAAGUACACACUGAAAGGAAAAUUAAUUCAACACAAAACACUCUACCCUUGUACAGUCACCUGUAUGAUGUAUGGGAGCAUCGGAGGAAUCGGAAAGACCGUCAUUUUGGGACUGCAAAAUGGGUGCAUACUAGUUUACAAGAGUAUCGAGUUUGAAUGCAUACUAAAGUUGAAUACAAAGGAAUGUCUGGAGAAGCAUUUUAAGAGCUCUUCUGCUUCGUCUGCUAGGAAGCCUUUCAAUAACUCACACGUGAAGAGUGGCGUCAUGGAUGCGUAUAGUGGGACGAAUGGACAGAGGGACUCAGGUAAGGUAGCUUCUCAGGGGGGCAGUUCGAACAAUGGAGAGAAUUACAACGAUCUGUCGUAUCAGAUUUCUGGUCUCUCCGUGAAGUCCACUUUUGCUAACUUUAUCCAUUGGAUCAUUGCUGGGAACAUGCAGGGCUACAUUUUCGUGUGGGAGGUGCCCAGUGGGAACAUCAUCAAAAUCCUCGUGCACCCGCACCACUUGUUCGGCCACGUCAAGGGGGGCUCGCGCGCCAGCAGUGAUGGGAGCAGCGACAGCGAUGAUAGCAGCGAUAGCGACGGUAGCAGCGAUAGCGACGGUAGCAGCGAUAGCGACGGUAGCAGCGAUAACGGGGGUAGCAGCGAUGACGACAGUAGCAGCUACAACGACGGUAGCAGCGGUAACGACGGUGGAAGUGACAAUUGCGAUCGCGGCGGCCGCACCGAUAAUCGCCCAGGAAAGCGAAAAAAGAAAAAGAAAAAAGCCAUCCCAAAUGGCAGGAACGGUGGGAGGGAUCAGGAGGACGAACAAGAAGAAAACGAAGAAGACGAAGAAGGCAAAGAAGAAGGCUGCUUCACCCUCGAAGACGACGACUCCUGCAGCAAGCCGGACGAUGAAGAAAACUCGAGCGAGUUCUCCGGCGGCAGCUACUUAAGCGACUCAGACGAGUAUUGCAACUCCACCGAUCAAGACAACGCCAGCAGAGGGGUAACGCAUAAGUACGAACUGUGGGUCGCAUUCGGAAGUGGCUACAUAGCAGUGUACGACUUAUACGACUUCCAGUUGCUUCUCUACACGUGCAUUUCCAAGAGUCCCAUCAUGGACUUAAAGUAUUCCAAGCUCUUGGAAGACGUCUUCCUACUAAUAGGGAAUAAUUACAUUUCUGUAUGGGACACCAAAACGCUGAAGCAAAUUAAAAAGGUCCCCACAAGUCACGUUACGAAAACGUCUUCCCUGUCUACUUUAUAUCUUUUGGAACGUCCAACUUUUUGGAAAAACAAGAAAGUUGUUUUGAUUGCAGGUUGUAAUGAUGGAUCCAUCUCGGUGACAAAUGUUACAAAAAAGUUGGAUGGAGAUUUGACCUUUUCUUAUGUUAGGACAUAUGAGAAGCACUUCGAGCCUUAUGUCCCCAUCAGUUACAUUUGCAUCCACCCCAGUAUCAACGCGGCCUUCGUCGGGGAUGCCAGUGGCGUCGUCUUUACGCUCCCCAGAAUUCUGAACACGCUCAAGCACGACGAUGCGCAAAGGUGA